UCACCUUGAAGCCAUGCCAUAUCAGCAUAUCCAAAACCUUGGUAUCAACUUUCCACGAGUUUGAAGAGACAGCGUGCUCUUUUUGUCACAAUACUGUCAGUUCUACGCCUUAUUGUAAUGCGUCUCCGGGUCAGACGGCCACCGCUCUAGCGAAUCCUAGGUCUUGGGUUUUUGGUUUGUUUUCUGCCGGGCGACCGCCGCCCGGGGUGACGGUAUCGGUAUAAAUGGUAGCGCCGGCCUCAGUUUGGCACACUCAGGUCAGCUGACGAUCCAGCACAACUAAACAGCCAUGAGAUUCCUGAUCCUCGCCGCCUUCGUGGCCCUGGCCGCCGCCGAAACCGUCCACUACCACGAUGACACCUUCCACUUCGCCACCCUCGGCGGCUCGAGCGGGCUGAAGCGGACCUCCUUCCAGACCGCCCAGCAGCCUCUGCUCACCAAGAACACGGUCACCACCAAGACGUACCAGAGCGGCGGUCCCCUGAUCUCCGCUUUCGCACCCCAGCCUCAGGUCGUCGUGAGCCAGCCUGCCUUCGAGCAGCGUUUCAUCGUGCAGCAACAGCAGCAGCAGCCCAUCAUCAGCAAGCAGGUCGUCACCAAGACUUACCAGAGCGCUCCCCUCAUCUCCUCCGCGGUCCUCGCCCCCGCCCCCGUGGCUCAGCAGCAGCUGAUCCAGAUCGCCCGCCCUACCAUCUCUUACGAGCAGGCCCCCGCACCCGCCCUGCGCCAGCAGACCUACGCCCCCGAGUACCAGGGCCCCAAGUGGCGCAUCCUGUCCCAGGUCCAGGAGGUCGACCCCUCCGGCCCUUACAAGUACAGCUACAACACUGAGAACGGAAUCCAGGUCCAGGAAGAGGGCUCCCUCAUCCCCGGUGCCGACGGCCCCGUCGUGGCCGCCCAGGGCUCCUUCGCCUACACCGGCGACGACGGCAAGGCGUACUCCGUCAGCUACAUCGCCGACGAGAACGGCUUCAGGGCCGUGGGCGACCACUUGCCCACCCCUCCCCCAAUCCCCGCCGAGAUCCUCAGGUCUCUGGAGGAGAACGCGGCCAGCGGCGAGCAGUACGACGACGAGGGCAGACUUCUUCAGAAGUAGAUCCGACAACUGUGAUUCCAUUAAGGGCGACAUUCGUCUGUGCAUCCGAUAUUUUUCUCCGAAUCGGAGAACACACUGCCAAAGUAUUAAAUAAACUAAAAGCGUCAUUUUAAAAA